UAAAACUAAAUUUAUGAAAUUAAGCCUAGGGAAAGAAACCCUAAAAUACAAGUAAAAUUGAGCCUAGGCAGGCGCGGUGGGUGAAGAAGAAGGAAGCAUGGUGGCGGAAGGUAACGGAGCAGAGCAGAACCCUACUUGUACGGAUUCAGAAUACGUCGAGGCCUUGCUUGAGGCUGCUAGAUAUAAUGAUAUUGAAGAUGUGAAAAACUUAGCUGCCAUUGGGGUUUCUCUUGAUUCCAAGGAUGCCCAAGGCCGAACAGCACUUCAUAUGGCUUCAGCAAAUGGAAAUGUCGACAUAGUUAACUAUCUAAUCAGCAAUAACGCGGAUGUGAACGCUUGUAAUGUUGAGAAUAACACACCUCUUCAUUGGGCCUGCCUAAAUGGACACGUCGAGGUUGUUAAGAUAUUGAUUAUAGCUGGAGCAGAUGUAUCAAGAUUAAACCGACAUGAACAGACGCCUGUGGAUGAAGCUGCAAUUGGUGGGAAAAUGAAUGUCAUUGAUGCAAUCAACACGGCGGUAGCACAAGUUGAACUCACAAGAGCCAGUGUUUGAGAACAAACGGUGUCACAAUAUCUCGGUUUUCGUGUUGAAAACUGAAGCGGACCGGACUACGACAUUGGCUGGUUGACCGCUUAUCUUACCAGUACGGCCACAAGCAGUUCAAUAAUAGAUGUUCAAAGCGUAUCUACAUUACAACGAGGCGCAAGUUUUGACCAAAUUGUGUUAAUAAACCUGUGAAUAUAAACAUCAAAUAAUCAAGCUAUAUUUCAAGGUCCAAACAACUUGCAUGUUCUUUACCAACACAUUGGUCAUUACUCAUUAAUGUACCAUAUAUAUCAACUA